AUGCCGUGCUACGCUGAUACAGUUGUUAGAAUCAAAUUGGCGAGGCAGCAUGUGAAAGAAGAUGCUAAUUUGUUAGUGGUGUGGGCUCUUGGUUCUUAUCCAGUUGAGCGUGAAGAUUAUGACAUUGAAUUGAGUUUGUUUUUGUCAAAUAAUUUGGAUGAGUCUGACCCUGAGUCUCAGGCUAUUUUC